UAACCUUCUCAAGAGGCAUCCCUGGUAGAGAAUUAGGAAUACUGUAAUUAAUUUAAAGAAGUUAAUUAGUGAAUGCAUGAACCCAUAUAUAUUAUUUAAAUCUCCGACCUCACUGUCAAAUUAUAGCCCUAUAUAUAUAAAUGCAUUUAAGCUUCUUGUUGUUUGUAGCUGCAUCUUCUAUAUAUUAAUCCAGUCUUCAUAAUUUUUGUGCCACCAUCUAAUCUCAACUCUCUUUACUUACAUGGAGCUUAAAAAAGAUACAUUUUCCACAAGAAGAUGGUGGGGAAAGGAGACAAAAGCAAUAGUAACAGGAGCAAAUAGAGGGAUUGGAUUAGCAGUUGCAAAGAGAUUAGCAGAAUUAGGAGUGACUGUUAUUCUUACAGCAAGAGAUGCCAAGAAAGGGUUGGAAGCUAUGGAGUUGCUGAGGAGCCAUGGCCUUUCUGAUUUCAUCCAUUUCUCACUCCUUGAUGUUUCUGAUCCUCAUUCCAUUUCUGUCUUUGCUGCUUGGUUCAAGCUCAACUUUGGAGUCCUUGACAUUCUUGUGAAUAAUGCUGCCGUAUCAUUUAAUGGCAUCCAUGAAAACUCAGUAAAACAUGCGGAGACAGUGAUAAAGACGAAUUUCUACGGUCCAAAGUUGUUGACAGAAGCUUUACUGCCUUUCUUCCGAUGCUCAACUUCUAAAAGUCGCAUUUUAAACUUCAGUUCAAGGCUUGGCCUACUCACUAAAGUCGAAAAUCAAAACAUAAGAGCAAUACUAGAAGACGAGGAAAAUCUAAGUGAAGAACGUAUCGAAGGAGUCAUAAAUUUGUUUCUAAAGCAGGUAAAAGAAGGACAAUGGGAGAAGGAAGGUUGGCCAAAAGCAUGGACAGAUUAUGCUGUAUCAAAGCUAGCGUUAAAUGCCUACUCAAAGAUAUUAGCAAGGAGAUUAAGAGAUAAAAACAUUGUUGUAAAUUGCUUUUGCCCAGGAUUUACUCAAACUGGUAUGACUGGUGGCAAAGGUAAUCGUACUGCUGACAUUGUUGCUAAUAUUGCAGCUAAACUUGCUCUUCUUCCACCUUCGGAUCUUCAGACUGGGAAAUUUACAAUGGGGCAAACUCUCUUCCUUCAAUCAAGGUUUUAAGACUUAUUUUACGAUAAUGUUAAACUGUAGAGUGCGUAUAGAGAUGUUUCCCCUUGACGUGAGAACAUAUAAUAAAUCGCGCUUUGAAAAUAUUAAUAUUAUAGGUUAGACAUUAAUUUUUGUUUAGGAAACUAUAUUUGUUAGAGAUUGUAAUUAUUCUUGAGUUACAAGAUAUUACCCCUUUGCCCCCUUAUAUAUAAGAACUAUAGUUAUUUUUCCCGAGCGAUGUCUCGGGUCAGUUAUAAUAAACAAAUAUGUUAUUA